CCAGGAAACUUCCAUCCCUUGCACACUCAGCCUCACAUACUCAUCUGCUCACUCAGCCUGGCACACUUAGCGUCCCUUACCCACCUUCUGAAUUCACCACACACUCUUGGCACAGUCUUUCCAACCUCACCUUCUUUGUCUCUCACACGGCCUUUCCCUUAUUGUCGCCACAGACCUACCAUGUCCCUAGGGCAACUGAAAUUCCAGGCAGUGGGCGAGGAGGAUGAGGACGGUGAAGAAGAGAGCCUAGACUCUCUGAAGGCCCUGACCGCCAAGCUUCAGCUGCAGACCCGACGGCCUUCCUACCUCGAGUGGACUGCCAGAGUGCAGAGCCGGGCCUGGUGCAGAGCCCAGGCCAGACCUGAGCCGGUGGGCCCUGGAGCCAUCUGUGGCUUUGACUCCAUGGAUUCUGCACUUGAGUGGCUCAGACAGGAGCUGCAGGAGAUGCGGGCUCAGGACCGGCAGCUGGCAGGGCAGCUGCUCAGGCUGCGAGCCCGGCUGCACAGACUGAAAGUGGACCAAGUCUGUCACCUGCACCAGGAGCUUCUGGAUGAAGCUGAGCUGGAGCUGGAGCUGGAGUCUGGGACCGGCCUGGCUCUGGCCCCACCGCUGCGGCAUCUUGGACUCACGCGCAUGAACAUCAGUACCAGGCGCUUCACCCUCUGCUGACAGACAGCACUUGCGGUGUCUCUUGCUGUAUCUGGGGAGAAGGAAGGAGGAGGGACCCAGACGCUCUGGCACCUGCUGGGGAAGGUGGGCACACCUAGGUUUCUGAAAGCUGAAUUCAGAGAGCACAAAGCUCCCGGAUGAGGGCAGAGAGAGGGAAUUCGGGCCCCAAAUUUCUUAAUAAAAAAGCAUUGAAUCCCA